AUUCUUCCCUCCUCCCUACUCCCUCUCUCUAUCCCUCCCUCUCCCUCGUUCUGGCUCUGUUGCCAAGGCUACCAUAUAGCCUCUUGCUGCAUAUACCUAGACGAGGCUGUCGCUUGUAGAUCUUUCGCUCUCCUCCAGGAAACAAACAAAAGAAAACCCGUCACAUACACUCUCUCUCUCACACACACACACACACACACACACACACACACACACACACACACACACACACACACACACACACACACACACACUGAUAAAGGAAAAAAGUAUUUUCAGAUUGCGUUAUGUCAAAGGGUUGAGCUGAGAAGGAGGAAGGAUGGUAAUGUGAAGAGAAACACACCCAGGACUGAUUCCUACAGCAUGGCCAACAACUGGUGGUUGCCACAGGAUACAGAAUUUGACUUGAUCAUGUGAUCUGUCUUCCUUCCUGUACCCUUAGACCUUCCAGAGGUUUGUCUCAGGGGCAUCAUGACCAGACGACUGAGCAGCUCGACCCGUUCCCAGACGGAGGACUCCGUCUUCCUAAAGCCAGACGAAGACCCCAUAUGGCUGGAUGACCCUCCAACGACAGACGGCGACCCCUCUCAACCAGGAGAUGGCCCCCCGGGCCUUGAUGAACCCCCAGGACCAGGGACAGGUCCCCCAGGGCCCCAGAGACACCCAGAAGAACUGUGGAGGGACAAGUUUUACACCAUCGUCAUGGGGAUGCACUGGUGUGCCGUGUUCUGCACAAUCUCCCAAAUCACGGGUUAUUGGGCCUUCUUCGUGGUGGAUGGUAAUAGGCUAUUCUCAGCCUUCUACAAAUCCCUGCAGCUCCUAGACUUCUACCUGGGUGUCCUCCUAUCAUUCAACCCUGUGUUUGGAGUGGACUCCCUGUGCGUGAUGGUGGAGGUGGAGAAAACCAAUAACUACUGGGUCCUGCAGGCCACCGAAGGCAUUGGCAUGGCUAUCAUUGUCUUCAUGAUCAUGCGCACUGUGUGUAAGUUGGCGUACGGUGAUGCAUGGUGGUCAGCGGCGAUGGUGUCUGACCAUGGGGACAGACGUCAGUCGGUGAGUCGCCAGCCUUCCUUCACCCUGUCGGAGUGGACAGACGCCCAGGAGGACCUGAUGGACCUGGAAGCUGAACCCCAGACCCCCAUCUUUGACCUGGGCCUGGACACCAGGACGGAGGGGGACAUCACCACCCUCUCUGUUACACCGGUGGGCCUGCAGGAGAGGAGGGGCUCCAACGUGUCUCUGACCCUGGACAUGUGUUCUCCUGGCUGUACGGAGCCCUAUGGCUACGGAGCCCAGCUCUCCCCCAGAGACCAGACUGCCAAGGAGUACCUGAGGGAGGGAACAAACAUUCUCACCCCUAGCCAGCUCCACACACGCGCUAUAGACGACCAGGCCCUACAGGCUGAGUUCUAUGAAACUCCCAUGAACUUUGUGGACCCAAAGGAGUAUAACUACCCGGGCCUGGUGAGGAAGAACCGCUACAAGACCAUCCUCCCCAACGCACACAGCAGAGUGAUACUCCGGAGAGCAGAUGAAGAGGAGUUCCUCAGUACCUACAUCAACGCUAACUACCUACAGGGUUACGCGGGUGAGGAGCGGGCGUACAUCGCUACCCAGGGUCCUACAGUCAACACAGUGGGAGACUUCUGGAGGAUGGUGUGGCAGGAACGCUGUCCCAUCAUCGUCAUGAUCACUAACCUAGAGGAGAAGAAUGAGAAAUGUGCAGAGUACUGGCCUGAGGACUCUGUGACCCACGAGGGCAUCGAGAUCAAGGUUGUCACGGUAACCCAGGAGGACGACUACAGCUUGAGGGUCUUCACUCUGAAGUUUGAUGGAGAGGAGCGCAGCCUCAGGCAGUACUGGUACACCUCCUGGCCUGACCAGAAGACCCCAGACAAAGCCCCGCCCCUCCUGGAGCUGGUAGAGGAAGUGGAGCAGGCCAGAGCGGAAGCUCCGCCCACCAGCGGCCCUGUCAUCGUCCACUGCAGUGCUGGGAUAGGUCGGACAGGCUGUUUCAUCGCCACCUCCAUCCUGUGUAAACAGCUGAGGAGUGAGGGCGUGGUCGACAUCCUGAGGACCACCUGCCAGCUCCGCCUCGACAGAGGCGGGAUGAUCCAGACGGGUGAGCAGUACCAGUUUGUUCACCACGUCCUCAGCCUCUACGAGAAGCAGCUGUCCCACAUUGUAGAGGAGUAGAGACACACCACUGUACUGUACCUACUGUACUGUACACUGUACCUACUUUAUUGUAUAAUGUAUCUACUGUAUUGUACACUGUACCUACUGUAUUGUACACUGUACCUACUGUACUGUACACUGUACCUACUGUACUGUACACUGUACCUACUGUAUUGUACACUGUACCUACUGUACUGUACCUACUGUAUUGUACACUGUACCGACUGUAUUGUACACUGUACCUACUGUACUGUACACUGUACCUACUGUACUGUACACUGUACCUACUGUAUUGUACACUGUACCUACUGUACUGUACCUACUGUAUUGUACACUGUACCGACUGUAUUGUACACUGUACCUACUGUACUGUACACUGUACCUACUGUACUGUACACUGUACCUACUGUAUUGUACACUGUACCUACUGUACUGUACCUACUGUAUUGUACACUGUACCGACUGUAUUGUACACUGUACCUACUGUACUGUACACUGUACCUACUGUAUUGUACACUGUACCUACUGUACUGUACCUACUGUAUUGUACACUGUACCUACUCUAUUGUACACUGUACCUACUGUAUUGUACACUGUACCGACUGUAUUGUACACUGUACCUACUGUACUGUACCUACUGUACUGUACACUGUACCUACUCUAUUGUACACUGUACCUACUGUACUGUACCUACUGUACUGUACACUGUACCUACUGUACUGUACCUACUGUACUGUACACUGUACCUACUGUAUUGUACACGGUACCUACUGUACUGUACACUGUACCUACUGUACUGUACACUGUACCUACUGUACUGUACACUGUACCUACUGUACUGUAUCUACUGUACUGUAUCUACUGUACUGUACACUGUACCGACUGUAUUGUACACGGUACCUACUGUACUGUACACUGUACCUACUGUACAGUACACUGUACCUACUGUACUGUACACCCAUCUCAAUGUCACCCUUUAACACACACAACCACAAAAACAAUAACAGACUAUGUCAGCCUCAUCCAGCCCCCUUCCAUUUCAGAGGCCCACGUAUGAGAAGCCCAAUCUUGACUUAAGUUCCUUGAUUCUGCAAGAAUUUGAUUUGCAGACCAUGCUCUAAGAGUAGCAAUGACUACAUGUCUGUCUGGCCCCACUUCUAACGCAAACAUUUGUUGUCACACUUGGGAGAUUUCUGCCCAGUAGGAUAUUUGAUAAGAUAUAUCCCAUCAAGUGCCAUGUUAGAUUAUUCACACACUUCUCCAGAUAAGAAAAAGUCCAGCCUAUAUUCACAGUGUUGUAAAACAAUCUCACAGUGAGGGAUCACAAGUUCGUCUGAAACGUAAACCGCCAACGAGCUUUUCUCUCCUGUUACAACAAAACCAUCUCCAUACGAGCAAAAGACGUAGAAAAUAUAAACGCUCAAAGUCUUGUGCUCACUGGGCCUCUUCAAAUAAACACAGUACAGCAGGCCUUUCAAAACUCCUGGUGCUUUUCAGGAGCCACCUCAUCUUCAGCUUUCAUGGUGCUCCGUGUUCAUUACCAUUGACUGAGGCAUGGACCAUAGAUCUCUAUGGAAACACCGAGGAAUGUAACCGUUAGGUAACUAGGCAUUGUGUGCAGUCUCUUCAGUAUUACAGUACCGUGCGGAUGUGCAGUCAGUCAGUCAUCCAUCAUGAUCUCCAUGGUAUUCAUCAGACAUCAUAGCCUCAUAGACUUUCGCCAGCGUUGUCAGGUGACCACCGAGACUUAAGGGGGGGGGGGGGGGGGGGGGGGGGUGCAUGUCUCAACUUCUGGGUUCACACAUGAGAAGUAAUGACUGGCACAUACAGUAGCAUAGGAAUCCAGAGACAGAGGUGCAGAUCUACUAGUGAAACGUGCACCUGUUACUUUUUUCCCCCCGCGGGAGUCAAAUAGCCUGGGUGCCAGUCUGUUUCGGCUCGCUUGCCAAACUCCUUAUGGUAUUGUCAUGUUUUGUCAAUUCAAAUAUAUAGUCUGCAAAAGCAACGCAAAAAAAGAACAGAUCUGGGACCAGGCUAGAAGAUCAACAUGAAAGUGCAAAAGGGUACAAAUGUAAAAGGUUGCAAGGAGAAACAAAACCUCUAAACUGGACUUUGACGGCCUAGCUUUCCUUUAUACUUUGUUAUUCCCCUCUAACAAAGGAUGCAGGUGUUAGUGAUUGGUACACCUGACCCUCCUGACCCUGCCCGUCAGCGCCCUCUCAGUGAUGUUGGGACGAUGACACCUCUGCUAUCAACAGUACCCUGAACACGUGCGUGACGUUAGCAGCCCAUGAUUGUUGUAUAGACAGGCCAGGCCUAAUCCGUAUAAAGCACAAUAGACCAACUGUGGUUGUCUCUCUGAUGUUCAGCUGUAAAAUGUUCAUUUCUCUGUGUCGUGUUUUGACUGUGUUGACUUAAAUGGAUUGCAUGUGCUGUAUGGGACGCUCGUAUGUCCGUAAUCAAAGCGAAAGUGAUUGGUUGUCCAGCUUUCUGUUGUAUAAGGGUUCUCCGAUUAUCUUGCUUGCUCUCUGCCAAUGCUUUUGAUACAGUUUGCUUUUGUGAAACCAACCAGAGAUAUUUUUAGAACGUUUUGAUACAAUCCUUUCGAGUAGAUGCCUUGUGUAUAUUUUCCAUUUACACCACAAUGGAAUGUAGCUCAUACUGUGGUCAAACCAUUGGUUUAUAUCGCAAGAUUUGACAGAAAAAAAAUGUGACAACUACCCAAGUUACCUUACAACAAAAACCAUUGAUUGUUUUGUCUUCAGUAUGACUUUGAUGCCUCUAGGCUUUGCUUCAAUAUGCUUUGCUUUGUGUGUCUUGAGGUUUUUAUCUUGUAUUCUUUUAGAGUUUUACCCCAGACCCAGUUUUUACACAGUCCUCACACAUUCCCCAUCCGUGGUUUCAAUUGAAUUCAAUCACAUAUAAAGGAAAACCACACUCUGGGUUCCCUCUAAAUUUUUAAGCCAAUGUCUAUGACGAACAGCUUCCAGCCAGGAUUUAAAUGUGGCUGACACCUCCGAUACUUAACAGUGACCGACAGCAUGGUUUCCCCUUGGCGCGUAAUUGAUUGCAUUGUGGCCUGUGACUCCAGGCCAGACUGCCUUCACAACAACAUGAGAAAUCUCAGCUACGGGUAUGACAGCUAAAACAAUGGAUUAAGAGUUGUAUGGAAGAAAUCUCUAACAACUUUCAUCUUGAUUGAAUGCAACUGGUCAAUUACAGCGAACACCCAGCAGGAGACAAUGUCACUGGUUUGUUUUAAAGGGCAUCUCACAAAGUUAAAAGGAGCACUAGUAUUUCAUCCUCUGAUUGAAACUGCCGUGAAAUGUUGAGUUUUGCAGCUGGAAAAGAGCUGAAGUGGAACCGCUAGAAACUUGGAGAAGUUGGAAUUCAACUAUGAAAUCCUUUCUCGAUAACGCUCGUUGCAAUUGAUCCAACCGCUUUAUUUUGAGUGCUUGUUGUCUCUGCUACCAGGUCUUAUUCUGGUGAUCAUAGUGAGGGAGAAGAUAAUUGAAAUAGCCAACCCAGUGAACAAAAUUGGUUGAAAAUACGUUGAAUAUGUCUUUUUGUUUGAAAAGAUGUCUUCUCAAACAGUUUUGCUCACUGGGAAACUAUCAGACAUACUCCAACCAACCAGCAAACAGCCUACUCUCCUCUGCUACUACAGUAUUGCUUUUAAAUUGUGAGUUUUUGCAUCCAAAUAAAAGUAGAUUUUCAUGAA